AUGCCUCGCGCGUAUGAUCAGAUUGUAACGAUUCUCGAAAGAGUGAAGUCUGUUCGCGAACAAAUCGCGUCUCUCGACAAUACCCUCAAGCAGACGGUUGUUGUAGAUGAAGGAUCAUCAGUGAAAACACGCGUGGAACAGGAGGAGCGUCGAAUUCAGGACCUCCAAGCUCGCACUGCUGAGCUCUCGAAGAAGAAAAGCAGCACAGUCCGCACCGAGAAACUCAAGGCAACUCGUCCCAAGGUCAAACAACAGCCAACUACCAAGCAGCCAACACCUGCUGCUUCACCCGCCUCCUCUCAUGGAGAGAAUAUAUGGACCACUCCCGGAGAGCCUUCUCGUGUUUUGUGCUUCACAGAUAACCUUCUUGAUGAAGAGGUUAAUCUCGGAGACGUCAGCACGACCUCUUUCGGAAGCCCACUUGCCAAUCUCAAGCCAACUCGGCUUUUCGCCGAUCCUGCCUUUUUAUCAGACGACAAGACCAUCGCACAAUCCACAAAUCUCGAUGAUGAUUCCGGUCCCUAUGAUGCUUCUGAAGUAGAGGAGAAGGAGGAAAAAGUCGAAGGGGUGAAGUCCUCAGCCCACAGUCUAGAAGCAGUUGCUGGGGAAUCAUCCAUACUCACUCCCAGAAAUAUCCCGUUGAAGGAUGUUCAAAAUGCUGAACCAUCACUCAAGAGUGCGGGUACCCCAGCUGCACGCCCGCGCAAGUUGAAAGUAAAUGUUGAGAUGGAAAGGAUCAUUUCGAAGAUAUGGUCAACCAUCAGCGAUGUAAUUGCGCCGCCGAAAGAAUCGAUGUCCGUUAGUGAAACUAUAAACCAUUUCCAACAACUUGCAGCGCAAUCUCCGCAACCAGAAUCUCCAGUCGCUUCCAGCACAUCCUCCCUUGUUGGUGAUCCAGCUGGUCCUCCAACAUUUCAGCAGGUCAUGACAGCACAGCUUUUGACAAUGCUAUUGUCCGCACCCAGUCAUUCAAUGUCUCUCAGCCAAGUGAAAGAGAACCUGGCGGCAAGAGCGAAGAGCACGGGUGCCGGUGUGACUGCAUCAAGCACAACCAGAGUCAUAUAUGGCUGUGUUGGAAAACGCCUUGUCAAGAUUGAUCGCGGAGGGCGCGAACAAAUUGUCAAGUUCGACAUUUAA